UAAUGUUCUGCCCAUGACAACAAAUUAGCGUCAAGAUGGCGAAAUUUUCUCAAGUUUGGUUAAACGAACAUAAGGCCCUGGUUGACUACACUGACGUCGCAAUUGCACCUUCCAAAGAUUUCUAUCAUGUUUUUGUAACUCCAGAACAGUUCAUAUUCCGAGUUUGGAAAAUUGUGCCUCCCACAAGAGCAGACUCCCACAUUCCUCCUUAUGAAUUUAAGAACACUUAUGAAGAAUUCAAACAUGAUGAUAGAUGUCAUAGUGAAAUAGUCAGAUUAGCUGGGGAACCAGUAUUAGACUAUUUACUUGGUGUAAGGGAUGGGAAAUUGGACUACAUUUGCCGUAUUCCAAGGGAAGCACAAAUCCGGAUUAUCCUAAACUUGGAUCUGGAAGAUAUUCAGAGAUUGGGAAGAACUUGUAAAAUGUUCAGAGAGAUCUGUAAUUCAUGUGACCUGUGGGAGAGGAUUUAUCGUCGAUAUAGUGAGACGCCUAUUACACCAGAACUGGAGAUGUUGGCUGCAGAGAGAGGCUGGAGACGUUUAUUCUUCACCAACAAACUACAGCUUCAGAUGCAGCUUAGGAGACUUAAGAAACAUGAAGGUGGCCACGCCUUUGUCACCGAGAUGGAGACAGCAUAAUUAGCAUUCCCCUGAAGCUCAAGGAAAUCUGCUCACCGUCCAGCAUCUAUUGUGAUAAUCUCUAUACAAUCAAACCAGUUCUAACUUCUGGUUAACUUAUACGUGUAUUUUAUUAAGGGGUAAUUUACAUGUUUUAUUCAAAAAUGCCAAUCCAUUCCAGAUUUCCUGAAUGCUAAUAUUGACUUUGUAGUGUUUUUUUCUAAUUCAUUUAUUAUUUAAUUAUAAUUUUUUUUUCAAUCAAAGCUUGCCAUAACUCAAAAUUUAUAUUUGUUUACUGACUUAUGUGAAAGGACUUAUUCCAGUACUAAGGCUUUUAAUUUUGUUUUUGAAUAUGAAGUCCUAAAAAAAAUAUUGGGUUGUGAGCAAAAAUUAUGUGCAUUUAUUCUUCGUAUAUAUCACAUUUGUUUGCAUAUUGUGCCCUGCACUUUAAUUGUAUAUCUGCAUGUUGUUUUCCUUAUGAUAAUUGCCAACUUUAUACUGCUUACAAUAAGUGUCUUAUAUUGCCUCAGAUUUAUAAAUUAAUUUAGACAUUAUAUUCCCUCCCUGUCUGUUGUUUACUUAUUUAAAAUUUUAUGUUUAGAAAAAUAAGUGCCACUUUUUGUUUUAAGUAUAAAUCUGCAUUCAGUAAUACUUUGCAUAAUUAUUAUUUAUUUGCCUUAAUGUAAAAUCCAUAUUGUUGAAUAUUAUGAUUACUCUCUAUGGAAUUCUUUUAAUUUUGUGAUUUACUUUGAUGUGCCUUCAAGAUUUGGACAGUUAAAUUAUAUUUACUUUUUAUAUGCUCAAUGACCUAGUGCCAUAAGUUUUAGUUUUCGGAAUGGACUAAGAGAAUAUUAAAUUAUACAUUUUUCCUGAAACUUACUAUUUGUGAAGAUUUAUUCAGCAUAAAUAGUUCUUCCAAGGAACUCAGCUUUAGAUAGGCAUUGCAGUAUGAUUUGAAAUUCCUAAUAUUUGUGUAUAAAUAAGCUCUCUGAGAAUAUUUAUAACUUGACUUUAUAAAUUAAACAGAUUAUUAACAAUGAAUGAAAUAAAAUUUCAGGUACUUUUAUAUCUCAGAUCAGUGUUGAGAAUGUUUGAAAUUUUUGAACUUAUAUAUUAGAUAGCCAAACUUAUCAUUUUCAUUAAAAGAUGUGUUGAAAUCAAGAUGUUCAGACAAACUUUGUUGUUUAGUAAUAUACAGUUUUGUCAAUAUCUAAAACUGCACAUUUUCUUUGCAGUUUAGAAGAAAUUAAUUAUUAUUUGGAAAUUUAAUGGUAAACAUGUGGAACAUGAUGAUAAAAUGUUAGAAAGUUACAUAAUAUGAUGUACAUGAAUGUGUUGAUGAAAUCAUAUUGUAGUUGAUAUUAGUUAUCAAAUAAAAAAAUAAAAUACACCAAA